AUGGAGAGUCAGAGGCCGUGGGCGGCCAUGGAGGGUCAGGAACCUUGGCAGGCCUUGGCGGGUCAGGAGUUGUGGAUGGCCAUGGCGGGUCUGGAGCCUGGGAAGGCCAUGGUAGGGAAAUGUGGGAUGGACCAUGUUGGAGGGUUGGAGCUGGCUCGUCCAAGGCCGGAGAGGGCUCGUCGAGGGCUGGAGAGACUUGCUCGCUGUAAUCUCACUGUUCAUUGCUGUGAGAGUUUGUCAUCAGCUCUUCAAUCCUCAAAAUGUGUCCUGAGAGAGCUGGACCUGAGUAACAAUGACCUGCAGGAUUCACCAGUGAAGUUUCUUUCUGAUGCACUGAAGAGUCCAAACUGUCAGUUGCAAAUACUGAGACUUGCUGCCUGUAAUCUCACUGAUCAGUGUUGUGAGAGUUUGUCAUCUGCUCUUCUAUCCUCAAACUGUGUCCUGAGAGAGCUGGACCUGAGUAACAGUGACCUGCAGGAUUCAAGAGUGAAGCUUCUUUCUGAUGGACUGAAGAGUCCAAACUGUCAGCUGCAGAUAUUGAGGUUGCCUGGCUGUAUGGUGACAGAGGAAGGCUGUGGUUUUGUGUCUUCUGCUCUGAGUUCAAACCCCUCACACCUGAGAGAGCUGGAUCUGAGCUACAAUCACCCAGGAGAUUCAGGAGUCAAGCUGCUUGUGGACAAACUGAAGGAUCCAAACUGUUCACUGCAGAUACUCAAUCUGGAUCAUGGAGGAGAGAUCAGGAUCACAGCAGGACUACGAAAGUAUGCCUGUGAUCUCACACUGGAUCCAAACACAGUAAACACUCGUCUCAUUCUGUCUGAGGAGAACAGGAAAGUGACGCGUGUGGAAGAGCAUCAGCUGUAUCUUGAUCAUCCAGAGAGAUUUGAUGAGUAUCCUCAGGUUCUGUGUGGAGAGAGUCUGACUGGUCGCUGUUACUGGGAGGCUGAAUGGAGCGAACGUGCUUUUAUAUCAGUGACAUAUAAAGGAAUCAGCAGGAAAGGAGGGAGUGACUGUGUGUUUGGAUUAAAUGACAAAUCCUGGAGUCUGGUCUGCUCUAAUAACAGAUUCACUGUCUGGCACAAUAAGAACAGCACUGAUAUACCUGUCGUCCAUUCAUCCUCUAAUAGAGCAGGAGUGUAUGUGGACGUGUCGGGCGGCACUCUGUCCUUCUACAGAGUCUCUGACACACACACACUCACACAUUUACACACACUCAACACCACAUUCACUGAACCCCUCUAUGCUGGAUUUAGUCUUUAUUAUGAUUCUUCAGUGUCUCUGUGUCAGAUUAAAUAA